CGCAGUGCGCGUCAGCGCCUUUCCCGGUAGUCCUUGGAGGUGCACUCGGCGCGCCAAGUCCCAGGCAUUGCGCGGGAGUCUGCGGAGCCGAUGACUUCCUUGUUUGCUCAAGAAUUUCGCCUUUCUAAAAGACAUGAAGAAAUAGUAUCACAAAGACUAAUACUACUUCAACAAAUGAAGAAUAAAUCUGGAAACAAAAACACAGAAAAGGUAUCUCAGUUGCCAGCAGCUGAGACUGCUUUUAAAAGGAACCUUAGUCUUUUAAAGGAUAUAGAAGCAGCAGAGAAGUCUCUGCAGACCAGGAUUCACCAACAUCCUCUGCCUGAGGUGCUUUCUCUUGAGGCUCGUUACUGGGCAUCAGUGGAAGAAUAUAUUCCCAAAUGGAAACAGUUUCUUUUAGGAAGAGCACCAUACCCCAUUGGUGUUGAAAAUCAUGAUAAAACAGAAAACAACCUUCAAAAGAAAGCUGCAAAGCAAUUAACUUCUUCACAUGCAUUUUAAAAGACCUAUUUAACAAGCUGGAUAUGUAACAUUCGUAGACAAGUAUGAUAAUUUCAGGAAUUGACUAUGUCCCUAUAACAACAUGAACAUUGUAUCAUAAAUGACAAUAGAGACAUAAUUGUGUACUGAGAAAUGUUAGAUUGUCACCUAGUGCUACUUCAAGGUCACAGAUUUGUUUUCUGCUAACCCCACUGAAGUGUUAACAACUGAUACUAAAGGUAUAAUGUUUAUUCAA